GUUCCUUCAUCUUCACUUUCACCCACUUGCAUUAUCUUCACCAGGUCAACUGCUUGUAACCAGAAACUCGAAUAAUGACGACUUUUCAAGGGUAAAGAGUUCUGGUCAUCCCUCUGUCAUUGACCCCUAUCUCAAACAAUGGCGUGGAUGACAGCGGUUGCGACAGCCCUGUCCUUCAUCGUAUAUCCAUCGGUUUACAUCAUCACUGUUGCAUACAUUCUCUUGCAGCUAUUGGUCAAGGUCCUGGUCAAGGUCCUGGUCACGGUGCUGGUUACACCGCUUUUGUAUCUGGGCAAUUCGAUCUUGAGCCUGAUCCUCCUCCCCCUAAGGAUCCUGGCCAAAUUCGAGUCAAUCCUAAUUUACCUGGGGGUGGCUAUCGUGAUGGGAAUUGGGGCGGGUUUCAUCGUGUAUUACUCCAGUUCCACCGUGGUUAACCUGUUGGGCCAAGCGAUGGGAGCGCUGUGGACACCAUCUGCCCCACCCACCGGUGCCUCGGACAGCAAGACUCUCCCGGGUCACCAGGUCCGGCAGGCCGGCCUCGUCGAUGCGCCACUCUUUCUUCCCCGGGACCAGUGGAGGAGACGGGACGGGAAGAAAGCGCCAAGAGGGACCCGACAAGCUGGGCUACAAGCCUCGACGAUUUUGGAGGAGGACAGUAGUGAAUAUUCGGAUGAAGAGCUGGGAUGACCCGGACUAUAGCCAUGGGCAUGGUGCUUGUUUCUGUGUUGGAUAGAUAAGACCGGGACCCUGGUAGGACGACCCGAUUGACCAGGUGGGCGUGCUUAAUCAACCUGAGAUAUGAACGAACCCCUGCAUAUCCAAUGUUUCUGAUCUGUCAAGCACGGAAUCCUGGUUACUUCGCUGGUGGACCAACUUUAAUUUAAUCAACUAUGACGACGACGAUUAUUGUCUGAUGUUUGUUUUGC